CCCCCCGCUGGGUAUGAGGUGUGGAGUGAGCGGGUGCGAGUGUCCGUAGUGGAGUCGCCUCAGCCGGGCGCAGCGGCUCCCCGGAGGCCGCUGCUCGGCCCCCUCGCCGGAGGAUGGUGGGUCUCGAUAAAUAACUAACAUGCGUAGACAAAAAUGUUUCGGUACUGUGUAUAAAUGUGUAGCGACGUUACAGGUUGCUCUGUGAGUGUCCCCGUCCGGCCGAAUUGUCCGAAGUAGCGUGCACUUCGCGCUUCCACUCGCUGUUUUUUUUGUUCCGGCUUAUAUGUUAUUCGGAGGACCAAUCAAAGCGCCCGCCAAGGCCGCGUCAUCGGAGAGCGCACCCAAUCGGCGCAUGCGUCUCAGGGGCGAUCGCAGCUGGGCAAAGAUGGCGGCGGGCUCCGAUUUGCUGGAUGAUGUUUUCUUCAACACAGAGGUGGACGAAAAAGUAGUUAAUGAUCUUGUCGGAUCUCUGGAGUCCGAGCUAACGGGAGAGAGGCGAGUAAACGCAGCGACCGACGUCCAGGUGACGUCAAAUCACGCCGGAAACCCCGCUGUAGGUCGCAACUCUAAUGUUCAGGGCAGCAAAAUGGGACUUUCACAACAAGAGCUUGCCAAAGCAGGGACCGGAGGGCGGGGAGGUGUCAUAAGCAGCACGGGGUCCGGCGGUUCGAGCGUGGACGGAGCGGCCGGGACCACGUCGAGCGUGACAGCCGCUCAGAGUCCGUCUAAGCCGGGGACUUUGAAUGGAAGUGCUGUUGUGGUGACCUGUCACAUCACCGGCAACAACAACCACCACCACUCCUCCACCUCCUCCUCCCCCCAGCCCGCCGCCCCCCUCAUCAACAACGGACCUGUAUCUGUGAGCAAAGCAAGCACAGCGGCGUCCGCCGCAACACCGACUGCUAUCAUCAAAACUUCCCCGGUGAGCGCGCCGAACGCCGCCGGGUGCGCGCCCACCGUCACUCUGGCGAGGCCGCCUAUGCAAACUCCCGCCAACGCCUCGCGCGGCGGCGGCGGCGACGACGCGGCGCUGACGUCACCGGCGGUCGGCGUCAACAAGUUGGACCCGGCGAAGGGCGCGAUGCAGAUCGCCGCGAGGAGCCCGUCCGUGCUGCAGAACCCGAGGCCGUCGCUGGCUCCCCCCGGCGGAACACGAGCCAUCGCUCCGCAGGUGUUGGCUCCUCGACUCACGCAGCCGCAACAGGCCACGCCGAACAUCCAGAACAUCCAGCUGCCUCCAGGCAUGGUCCUGGUACGCAGUGAGAGCGGGCAGCUGCUGGUGAUUCACCAGCAGACCUUGGCUCAGAUGCAGGCACAGUCGCAGUCGCAGAGCGCCAUGACACCCCGAGCGGCAGCCCCCACCAGCACUCCACCGGUCCAGAUCGCGUCCCUUCAGGCUCCGGGGGCGUCGCCGCUGGCUCGUCCCGUUGCCCCCACCGCCAUCAUCAAACAGGGGUCCGCUGUCCAGGCCACUGUGACGCCCACCACCACAUUGCAGAGGCCCCCUAUACUGCAGAACACCAUCGUGCUGGGAGGCGCGGCCCCCGCCCCCGGGCAGCCGCUGGGAACGCCCACCCCGGUGCAGGCCGGUCCUGCAGCCACGCAGAGGGCCACCGGGACGCCUGUCACUCCAACAGCUGUCACAGCUGAGACGCUGGAGAAUGUGAAGAAAUGCCGGAACUUUCUGUCCACGUUGAUCAAGCUGGCGUCCAGUGGAAAGCAGUCCUCAGAGACCAUCGCCAACGUCAAGGAGCUGGUCAAGAAUCUGCUGGAAGCGAAGAUAGAGCCAGAGGAUUUUACCAGUAGGUUGUACCGUGAGCUCAACUCCUCACCGCAGCCGUACCUUGUGCCUUUCCUGAAGAGGAGCCUCCCAGCGCUGCGUCAGAUGACCCCGGACUCUGAGUCCUUCAUCCAGCAGAGCCUGCUGCCUCAGCCCGCUGCAGCGACCUCCACGGCCCUCACCGCCGUGGUGCUGCGACCUCCCGUCUCCACGGCCUCCAGCAGCCCCGCCGCCACCAAAACCACCGUCAUCAGCCUCACGCAGACACCUCCCAGCAAACCCGCGCUGCAACACGGGACGCUGGUGAGGCCGCAGGUGGCGCUGGCUCAGUCUCCCAUGGGGACCCUCAGAGGUCAACCUCACAGCCGCAUCGUUGUGAGCCACCCGCAGGUGGUCAAGCAGCAGCCGACAGCAAUGAAGCAGACGUUGGCUCAGGGGGCAAAAGGGCUGCAAGUGGUCAGUCAGGCCUCCCUCAUUGCUGCGCAGAGGAACAAGCUGAAGGAAGCAGGAGGAGGAACCUUCAGGGAUGAUGACGAUAUCAAUGACGUGGCCUCCAUGGCCGGGGUCAACUUGUCGGAGGAGAGCGACCGUAUCUUAGCAACCAACUCUGAGCUGGUCGGCGCGGUGACUCGAUCCUGUAAAGACGAGGCCUUCCUGUCCACCGCUCUACUCGCCCGGAGAGCUCUGGAGAUCGGUAGGAAGUUCGGCGUCAGCGAGCUGGGCCCCGACGCCGCCAACUUCAUUGCCCACGCCACGCAGCAGCGGCUACGCCACCUGCUGGAGAGGGUGUCUCUCGUGGCGCAGCACAGGAACGGGACCUUCAAGGAGGACGAGCGGUGCGAGCAGGCCAGCGACGUGCGGACCCAGCUGAGGUUCUUCGAACAGCUGGAUCAGAUGGAGAAGCAAAGGAAGGAGGAGAAGGAGAGAGAGAUCCUCCUGAAGGCUGCCAAGUCCCGGUCGCGGCAAGAAGACCCCGAGCAGCUCCGACUGAAGCAGAAGGCCAAAGAGAUGCAGCAGCAGGAGCUGGCUCAGAUCCGACAGAGGGAGGCCAACCUGACGGCGCUGGCGGCCAUCGGCCCGAGAAAAAAGCGGAAAAUGGACUCUCCCGUCCGGGGCGCCAGCGCCGAGGGCUCGGGGCCGGGCCCCUGUCAGCCGGGAGGCUCCGGCGGUUCGGGCUCCAGGCAGUUCACGCGGCAGCGCAUCACCAGGGUGAACCUCAGGGACCUGCUCUUCUGCCUGGAGAACGAGCGGGGGACCAGUCGCUCCCACCUGCUCUACCGAGGCUUCCUCAAAUAGCGGCGUGAAGGAGGCGGAGUCAGCUCAGAGCCCUCCCGCCUUCUUGAGCCGCACGGACCGGGACGCGCCGACCGGCUGCAGUCGCGUCAGGUCCUCUCGAAACCUUCGCGGGACUUUGAAGGAGGCCUUCGGUGUUUCGCGGGGAAACGGAAAGCGGCGCUUCUGUGUUUUCCCGAUGGGUUCUCGACCGCUCGCCACUCGUAGUUUUCACUGUGACGCCGUGGUCGACCUUUUUAAUUGGGAUUCUAGCGCAUUCACUACAAAGACGCGGUUUUCAUUCAUCUCUUUCCUGGCGAUAACAUUUAAAUUUGAUUAAAAGAAAAGUUCCCUGCGCGGCGGCGGACAACUGAUUCCACCGCACUUCACAUCGCCUGCAGAUGAUCCAAAACGUCAGAAGAAUGGCGAAAGAUUCAAAUAGUAAAUUUUCUGUUUGAUGAAAUCCACCCAGAGAGCAGCGAACCUUUUUAAGAGGUGAACGUUGACGUAAACUUGCUCGCUCUGUUCUCUGCACGGCUGAAUGGAUGAAAAAGGUUGAAAGUCGGCUGUUAACAAUGUAAAGCGUCCAGGCUGUGAUGUGAAUUUAAUUACUUGAGUUUUGUGAAAUGAAUCCCGAUAAUGUUAUUGAUUUAGUCUUUUUAAGCCUGUAACACAUUUUAUGUGUUAUGAGUUUUAUGUCCACGUUUUUCUAUUUAUGAACAAUGGAGGAUGAUCACUUUUCUAAUGAACUUACCCACUCUAACUUUUUAUAUUCUUAGUGCACAUACUAAUAUUGGUCUUAAAACCGUUGCUUAUUUUAUGAGAGAGUGUUUACUAUCAUAUUUUGUUACUGUAUAUAUUUAGUUUUCUUUUUGUAAGGUUAUCAGUUGGCGACUUUAAAUUGGGAGAUUUGUCUUGUUUUCCAACCUGUAAAAAAACAAAUAAGACAAAUAGAGCAUAUUUGUUGCCAGUAUCUUGUACAUUUUGCACAGCCACUUGUUUAUAUGUAAAUAUCUGAAUUUUAAAAAAAGUUUUGAAUUGCUAUUUUAUAAUGGACUGAAAGAGAAAGAUCUCUAUUAAAAAGACAAAGAUAAAGAAUA